CGUGGGGGGAAAUCAUAUCUGAAUCUCUUUCCUUGUAUAUGAAUUUCAACACGAUCUAAAACAUUUGAGUCAUUCAUCAAAUCAUCUCUCUCUCUCUCUCUCUUCUCUUUCUCUCCAAUCUCGCAAAACCAGAUCUUAUAAACAUGGAGUCAACUGGUAAUCAUGGAGGGAUCCAGCAACUGCUUGCUGCUGAACAGGAAGCUCAGCAGAUUGUUAAUGCUGCUAGGACCGCAAAAAUGGCGAGACUGAAGCAAGCCAAGGAAGAAGCUGAAACAGAGAUUGCUGAGCACAAAACCAGUACUGAGCAUGGUUUCCAGAGGAAGCUCGAAGAGACCAGUGGAGAUUCAGGUGCAAACGUGAAGAGGCUUGAGCAAGAGACCGAUGAGAAGAUCGAGCAGUUGAAGAACGAAGCUUCCAGGAUUUCCAGAGAUGUUGUGGACAUGCUUCUCAAACAUGUCACCACUGUCAACAACUGAUGAUAUAUAUAUACCAUCCUCGUACGUCUUUAAGAUGGUGUGAAUUGUUAUUUUGAGUGGAUUUAUUCAUUCGUUUCUUUUACUUGUUUGGUGGAUUCCGGGUUUCAUUCAACUGUUGCUAUUUGAUUUUCACUUUCAGCCUUGAGUUGUUGUUGUAUUCAUCUCUCCAGAAGACUUGACUUUUGUGUUUGUAAUAUUCAGAAUAAAGGGAACCCCAUUGGAUA